CCCCUUGAAGUCCCAUCCUUCCUAGCAUCUUGAUCAUUGCUCAUCUAUCUACACCUCUGUGCAUCCGCAGACUCAGUAAUUGCUCACAAUCACAAUGACAGACAAAUCACAAUUCGAGGAAGGCUACAAGGUGCCGGUCACUGACCAGAGCUUCCCCGGCAAGGAGGGAAAGCUGCCCGUCACCCCUCUUUUCGACAGAGUCCCAACUGCUGAUGGCGGCUCCAAAUUGUAUCAAGCUGCAGGGAAGCUCGAAGGCCUGAAAGCUGUCAUCACUGGUGGUGACUCUGGUAUCGGUCGCGCCACAGCAAUUCUCUUUGCCAUGGAGGGUGCCGAUUCGCUCAUUGCGUAUCUUCCUGACGAGGAGGAGGAUGCUCAGGAAACCAAGAAGCGUGUCGAGUCCUAUGGCCGCAAAUGCCACCUCAUUGCGACUGAUAUUACUGAUGCCGCCAAUUGCCACAAGAUUAUCGACACUGCGCUGGAGAAGCUCGGCGGUAUCGACAUCCUUUUCAACAAUGCCGCAUACCAGAUGAUGGUUGAGAACAUCAAGGACUUGAAAGAGGAUCAGUGGAUUCACACCUUCAACACCAAUAUUCACCCCAUUUUCUACCUUUCUAAAUACGCCUUACCUCACAUGAAGAAGGGCGCAACCAUUAUCAACAACGCCAGCAUCAACGCUUAUAUCGGCCGUCCUGAUCUCUUGGACUACACCUCUACCAAGGGCGCCAUCAUCUCCUUCACUCGCGGUUUGAGCAAUCAGUACUGCGACAAGGGCAUUCGCGUCAACGCGAUUGCACCCGGUCCAGUCUGGACCCCGCUGAUCCCCGCGACCAUGAACGAAAAGGCUCAAAAGGAGUUCACGAGUCCCAUUGGACGCCCGUCGCAGCCUUCAGAGAUCGCGACGUGUGUGGUUUUCCUUGCUUCCACCGACAGUGCAAGCAUCACGGGACAGACAAUCCACUGCAAUGGUGGGGUCAUUGUUAACGGUUAAAGAGGGAAGCGAGACAUUUUGUGCUACAUAGAUACUAGAACAAGUUAAGAAUUCCAUGAUCACGACUGUUUACUACGUGAAACUAGACGGGGACCGUGGCCAUCUCCAUAUUCUACUCUGAUUCCGAGAAGGAAUCAAAGAGCCUCAGUUGCGGCGACCAUUAAGCAUGUGUUAGUAGUCGUCUUUUGCGGUGACCACAUCCAUCUCCGUAAGGAUUGAUUCGGCCAACGGCAAGGUCCUAGGCGGGAACGCUACCCACAAGAAGUUGAAUAGCGUGGAUGAAACAGGGGACUGGGAUGAAAC